AUGUCGGUGCCAAACAUGUUGACCAUGGGGACCCAAGAUACAAGACAAAGCGAAACUCCACGUCAAUUACCUGCCAACAAACGGCUUCAGCAAACACAAGCACAAGUGGAUGAAGUUGUUGACAUAAUGCGGACAAACGUGGAGAAAGUACUAGAGCGCGAUCAGAAACUGUCACAACUAGACGAUCGCGCUGGUAAGAAGUACAAUGGAAUUAUAAGCUUUGGUAGACGUUUUGCAGGCGGGUGCUUCACAGUUCGAAGCGAGCGCAGGGAAGCUGAAGCGAAAAUUUUGGAUGAAGAAUAUCAAGCUCAUGAUUAUCCUUGGCAUAGUUGUCUUCAUCAUCCUGGUCGUGAUAAUCGUUUCGGCGACGAAGUGAUAGUGUUCCGUCCUUGAUGUCACAUAACCGUUGCGAAGUACACCGAUUGGUGUUUCGAAAAUAUCCUUACCGUGAUUUAGAUGCUCAUUUACAUUCCGAACCCGUCCCGCACUGUCCCUUAUCGUGUUCUAUUCAGCUUAUUGUCCCCAAACGUCUAUCGCUGACAAAAAUGUGCAAACUUGCCACUUGGUUGUGUUGACAUCAUCCAUAUGCCACUGUUAUUAACCUUAAAAGACCCAGAUCACAACAUGCUUUCUGUUUUCAAAUUGACUUUUUUGUGCUAAUUUUGUUUUGUUUACUUCUUGUUUAUCUGGCCACUACUGUCCAUUAUCUUAUGCUGCAUAAUAUCUCCUAACAUUUUCCCACCGUUGUCUGUGUCUGAAGUUUUGGAGUGAUUUCCCAACUAUUCCUUUUCUAUUUCUUUGUCACGUGCAAUACGUUAUUUUCGAUGUGUUAUUUCAUGUUUCCACGCUUUUUGCGCAUUUAUUUAAACGCUUAUACUCUAUGUGCAUAUAUGUGUACGCUCGAGC